GUCCAUGCCAAACUUCGCGAAAGUCGUGUUUUUUCAAGUUCCUGUGUAAAAUAUUCGCAAAAAAUCGUGAAAUUUGCGCCGUAAAUUGUCCUAGAUUGAGUGGUUUCUCGUCGGUUACCGUUCCGCGAUGGGUCCGCCGAAGAGAUCGAAAAAGGACCGCGCUACGGCUGGUAGCAGUGGUGGCGGCGGCUCCACCACCGGUGGAUUCGUGGAGAACAAGUGGAACAAAAAGCGUAGACCCGAGGACGAAGCCUACUCGGUGUUUGCCAACGACGAUGACGACAGCAAUCUGGACGCCGCCGGCGGAGAGUUCGUUCCGGAGGCGGCUUCGAAAAAUGCCGAGAAAAUCGACGAAGGCAUCCAGGAGGACGAGUACGGCGCCAAGGAUUACCGCUCGCAGAUGGAACUGAAGCCGGACAACGCGUCGCGCCCCCUGUGGGUGGCACCGAAUGGACACAUCUUUCUGGAGUCGUUUUCUCCGGUGUACAAACACGCGCACGAUUUUUUGAUUGCAAUUUCGGAACCGGUUUGUCGGCCGGAACACAUUCACGAGUACAAGCUGACGGCGUACAGUUUGUAUGCUGCGGUGUCCGUCGGUCUACAAACCCACGACAUCAUCGAAUACCUGAAGCGACUGAGUAAAACGACCGUCCCGGAGGGAAUUCAGGAAUUCAUUCGGCUGUGUACGCUCUCGUACGGAAAGGUAAAGCUGGUGCUGAAACAUAACAAGUACUUUGUGGAAAGCCCCCAUCCGGAAGUGCUGCAGAAGCUUCUGAAGGAUCCGGUGAUUCAGUCUUGUCGGUUGAGACGCACCAACGAGGAGGGCGAUGGGUUUAUCACGCAAACGAUGGAGAAGAAGGCAAUUACGGCGUUUGGCACGACUAAGAUUGGACCGACCACGACGACGGUACCGGCGGUGACUGAGAGCGAAAAGCCGGCGGAAACGGAAACGGCUGUAGCCGUUCCGGACGAUAUUACGAAUUUCUACGAUAAGAUGGAUAACGAGGAGGAGGAAGAGGAAGCGAAUUUAAACACGGUUUCGUUCGAAGUUAAUCAGGAGAAGAUCGAAGUGCUCCAGAAGCGCUGCAUUGAGAUUGAGUUCCCUUUGUUGGCGGAGUACGAUUUCCGGAAUGAUACCAUCAACGCGGACAUCAAUAUUGAUUUGAAACCGGCGGCCGUGUUGCGUCCAUAUCAGGAGAAAAGUUUGAGGAAGAUGUUCGGAAAUGGCAGAGCUCGUUCGGGGGUCAUUGUCCUGCCUUGCGGUGCUGGAAAAUCUCUGGUCGGAGUAACGGCUUGCUGUACCGUUCGGAAGCGAGCGUUGGUACUGUGCAACAGUGGUGUCUCCGUCGAACAGUGGAAGCAGCAGUUCAAGAUGUGGUCUACGGCUGAUGACAGUAUGAUCUGUCGGUUCACCUCGGAAGCUAAGGAUAAGCCGAUGGGCUGCGGAAUUCUGGUCACGACGUACUCUAUGAUCACUCAUACUCAGAAGCGCUCUUGGGAAGCAGAGCAGACCAUGCGUUGGCUGCAGGAACAGGAAUGGGGCAUCAUGGUUCUGGACGAAGUACAUACCAUUCCUGCGAAAAUGUUCCGAAGAGUGUUGACCAUCGUUCAGUCGCACUGCAAGCUUGGCUUGACGGCGACAUUGCUUCGAGAGGAUGACAAAAUUGCCGAUCUGAACUUCCUUAUCGGACCCAAGCUGUACGAGGCCAACUGGCUGGAACUUCAGAAACGAGGCUACAUUGCCAGGGUGCAGUGCGCCGAAGUGUGGUGCCCCAUGGCUCCGGAAUUCUAUCGGGAGUAUCUUGUCACUAAGACUUCCAAAAAGAUGCUCCUGUACGUCAUGAAUCCGGCCAAGUUCCGUGCCUGUCAGUAUCUGAUCCGUUACCACGAGAAGCGUGGCGAUAAAACCAUCGUUUUCAGCGAUAACGUUUUCGCCCUCAAACACUACGCCAUCAAAAUGAACAAACCCUACAUCUACGGUCCGACCUCGCAAAGUGAGCGAAUCCAAAUCCUGCAGAACUUCAAGUUCAACCCGAAGGUGAACACCAUCUUUGUCAGUAAGGUCGCCGAUACCAGUUUCGAUUUGCCGGAAGCGAACGUCCUCAUUCAGAUUUCCUCGCACGGUGGUUCCCGGCGUCAGGAAGCCCAACGUCUCGGACGUAUCCUCCGUGCCAAGAAGGGUGCCAUCGCUGAGGAGUACAACGCCUUCUUCUAUACGCUGGUCUCGCAGGACACCCUCGAAAUGGGUUACUCCCGGAAGCGUCAGCGGUUCCUGGUGAACCAGGGUUACAGCUACAAGGUCAUCACCCACCUGGCCGGGAUGGACAACGAUCCGGAUUUGUUCUACAAGACGCGGGAUGAACAGGGUCAGCUGCUGCAGCAGGUUCUCAGCGCAACAGAUAUGGACUGCGAGGACGAACGGAUUCCUGGAGAGGGAACGGGAGCACCGCGACCCGGAGGCUCCAAGCGUACCGGUGGGCUUAGCUCGAUGUCCGGUGCGGACGAUGCGGUGUAUAUGGAGUUCAGGAAGAAGAAGGAACAUCUACAUCCGCUGUUCAAGAAGUUCAGAGGAUAAGAGGGAUUACAUUUACUUGUGAUUAUUUUGUUUGAAAUAAAGGAUAAGCGGCUUAUA